UUCUCAGAAAGGUUAAUUUGUCGCGUUUUAUUUUAUUUUUAAGAAGUCUAAGAAGGUAAAUUACACGAUGUGCACUGGUAACCAAACCAUGAUGUCCUGUGGGCACGCCCUAACGAACUAUACGCAGUACUGCGAAGAGGGACAUUCUCGCCCGUGCCAGGAACCGGAGCUUAGUGCGCCACGCGCUUACAUUGACGACUCAUGCGCCGACUGUGACCCAAUCUACAGGUCGAAUCAAGUGCGCCGCGAGCAUCGGGAUCGACAUAGCGAGCUUUUGGACCAGGUGUAUGCGUAUAAGCGUGCAGGGCACGUGGAGGAAGUACAGCGGUUAUUGAACCGUGUGAAGACUUUACAGCUUGAGGCGAAUAAAGUGAUGGGCGAGACGCGGUUCUUAUGCCCCUCUUCCGAUCAUGUCGAGUUCCCUGGCGGUGGGCACGAGGCUCUUAUGCCCAGAGGAACGUGUAAGUGGGCCAAUGGCAAGUGUAUCUGGGAAGACGAGAUGCCGUAUUCUGUACCCGAAAAUCGGCACAUUAAAAAAGUUACCACCCAGAAGAAACAUGAGGAGUCAGAAGAGCAAUCGCGGAUCCAGGGGCCACCACGACUGCGCUCCACGAAGGAGUACCGUGAUCCCUUCCAGGAAGAAGCAGAGCUACAGCAGGAGCAAGAGCAGCCCCGAAUCUUGGGACCGCCGCGAUUACGCUCAACAAAAGAAGGCUAUGUCGACCCCUUUAAAGAGGAAUCAGAGCGCGAGAUUGAGCAGGACCAACCACCCAAGGUGAGCCAGCCACCGCGUCUACGGACUAACAAGGAAUACGUCGGACCCCGUGGGGAUAACGUAGUAAUUUCCAGCGGAGAGGAAGACGAGCCGCAAACCUCGCCAGUGCAACCCCGCCUCCGGCGAUCUCAGAAGUACAUCAAUAAGCUCAACUACGUCUAUUGUAAGUAGCUCGAAUACUAAAUAUGUCCUACCAGCAGCUGAAGACGAGGAGAGGCAAGAGGAGGUAGAAGAGGAAGAAGACAUUUGGUUAAGAAUAGCAAUCUUUAAGCUCCGUAAAAAU